CUGUACGCUCUCUGUCUUCUCUUCUUCUUGUUCAUCUCGUUCUUAUAUCUAAAAUCUAGCAGUAGUACUACUAAUCUAAUCUAAUCUAUUUAUUAAUCACUCGUCACUAUAAACAAUAGACUAUACUAGACUUUGUCACUAUUACACACUCACUCACUCUCAAGAAACACAACACACACUCUGUUUCUUUUCAGAUCUGAAACUUCACAAACCCUAACCCACGUUCAUACGGUUGCUCUGGAACUUCAAUGGCCGUAACUGAAGCUCAAAACCCUCUUAUUGGAGAGAACACAUGUGGUUCCUUGUUGAAGAAGCUGCAGGAAAUAUGGGAUGAGGUUGGUGAAAGUGACGAGGAACGGGACAAGAUGCUUCUUCAGUUAGAGCAGGAGUGCUUGGAUGUGUACAAGAGAAAGGUUGAACAUGCUGCAAAGUCAAGGGCACAACUACUUCAAGCAUUGUCUGAUGCUAAGCUUGAGCUUUCAACACUUCUAUCUGCUCUUGGUGAAAAGGGCUUUGCUGGAAUUCCUGAUAAUACUUCUGGAACUAUCAAGGAACAGCUUGCAGCUAUAGCACCAGCACUUGAACAGCUAUGGCAACAAAAGGAAGAAAGGAUAAAGGAUUUCUCAGAUGUACAGUCACAGAUUCAAAAAAUAUGUGGAGAGAUAACUGGGAGCUUGAACCUUAAUGAUGUACCUGCAGUUGAUGAGUCGGACCUGACCCUGAAGAAGUUUGAAGAAUAUCAAUCUGAGCUUCAAGAACUUCAAAAGGAAAAGAGUGACAGGUUGCAAAAGGUUUUUGAAUUUGUGAGUACUGUGCAUGAUCUAUGUGCUGUCCUUGGUAUGGACUUCUUUAGUACGGUAACUGAGGUCCAUCCAAGCCUGAAUGAUUCUACUGGUGUGCAAUCCAAAAGCAUAAGCAAUGAAACUCUAGCCAGGCUUGCUAACACAGUUUUAACGCUGAAAGAAGAUAAAAAGCAGAGGUUGCACAAGCUCCAAGAAUUAGCUUCUCAAUUAAUUGAUCUGUGGAAUCUAAUGGAUACCCCUCCAGAGGAAAGGAAACUGUUUGACCAUGUUACCUGUAACAUCUCAGCUUCUGUCGAUGAAGUCACUAUUCCUGGUGCCCUUGCUCUGGAUCUGAUUGAGCAGGCUGAAGUGGAAGUUGAGAGACUUGACCAGCUUAAAGCAAGCAGGAUGAAGGAAAUUGCUUUCAAGAAGCAAUCAGAACUUGAAGUGAUAUUUGCUAAUGCUCAUAUAGAAAUAGAUUCGGAUGCUGCAAGAGAGAAGAUUAUGGCAUUGAUUGAUUCUGGAGACAUUGAACCAACUGAAUUACUGGCUGAUAUGGACAAUCAAAUAGCGAAAGCUCAAGAAGAAGCUUUAAGCCGAAAAGAUAUAUUGGACAAGGUUGAGAAAUGGAUGUCAGCAUGUGAAGAGGAGAGCUGGCUUGAGGACUAUAAUCGGGAUGACAACAGGUAUAAUGCAAGCAGAGGUGCACACUUAAACCUCAAGAGAGCAGAGAAAGCUCGGAUACUGGUAAAUAAAAUUCCCGCUUUGGUUGAUACAUUGGUUGCGAAAACACGUGCAUGGGAAGAGACUCAUGAUAUGUCAUUCACAUAUGACGGCGUUCCUCUUCUUGCCAUGUUAGAUGAAUAUGCCAUGCUUAGGCAUGAACGGGAAGAAGAAAAACGAAGAAUGAGGGAUCAGAAGAAAUUUCAGGAGCUGCAAAGCACGGAACCAGAGGCCCCCUUUGGUUCAAAACCCAGCCCUGCUAGGCCAGUUAGCGCUGCUAAGAAGGUAGGUGGCCCUCGUGCUAAUGGAGGGGCCAACGGUACUCCUAACCGACGGCUAUCGCUUAAUGCUCAUCAAAAUGGAAGCAGGUCCAUAUCAAAAGAUGGAAAAAGGGAUAAUAGACCAGUUGCUCCUGUGAAUUAUGUGGCCAUGUCAAAAGAAGAUGCUGCUUCCCACGUUUCUGGUACUGAACCCAUCCCAACAUCACCCUAAUGAGAGCUUAGUUUCCAACCUCAAUUCAUCUUUGUAGCGUUGUCAUAUUACUAGUUACUGUUUUAGGAAUAUAAUAUGUAAGUGACAAGUAAUUAGAGAGGAACUGUUCUGAGCUGUGUAUGGUAUAUUUUCCAUUUGGAGGUUUACUAAUACAUGUUGGAUUAUUCCAUUGAAGUCCUUAAGUAUGAAAAUAUACGGUAGUAGUUUUGUCUUU